AUGGAUUCCGCAAGCACCGAAAAGGCAGAAGUGUCGAGGGUGGAGAAUACCAGCCGAGCUCCAAGCACCCCAACAGGUCAAGAGCUGCGAGACCAUCCAAAGACGUGGAAUCGGACCCUGAAGCUGAUGGUCCUGGCAAAUCUUUGCUUUAUGGUGUUUUGCGGUAACUUCUAUUCGGCCGGUAUUUCUGCUGGGUUAACCCCUCUCGUAUACGACUUUCACAGCAACUAUGACAAGGCGGGCGAUAUCGUCGCGUACUCUGUGCUCUGCAUUGGUCUGGGCUCCUUCAUAUGGAUUCCGACCGCUGUGGUCAUUGGGAAACGCCCCGUCCUGCUAGCCUCCCAAAUAAUGUUCAUGACUGGAUCUAUUUGGUGUUCGCAAGCGGGAUCAAUGGAAAGCCUUCUGGGUGCUCGAAUCCUGGGUGCAUUUGGUGCUGGCGCAGUUCAAGCUGUUGGUCCUGCUGUUGUUGGAGAAAUAUUCUUGGAGAAGAACUACUCUAAAGCCAUGGGCUUAUACGCAGCGAGCCUCUGUAUCGGAGCUCAAGGCGGACCUCUGAUCGCAGGCCACCUGAUCGAGGCCAAGGGAUGGAAUUGGUUCUUUAUCCUGAUCGCUAUUCUUAGCGGCUUCAACUUUCUGACAUUGGCCUUCUUCUGUCCAGAGACUGCUUUCAACGUCGAGAUUGAGGCGGGUGCUACUGGUGCUGACGUCGACGCGGAUAUCCUUGACCAGACGACUGGGCUUGGCCGCACCCAGAGCUCGCUCACAAUAUGGAAGCAGAAUUCUUUUUACUCGAGACAUCCACACGUGAGAGGUGGUGGCUUGAGACAAUGGUUUCUUUCGUUCUUGCUGCAGAUCGAAUUCAUGUUCGACCCCAUUGUGAUUAUCUCAGCGGGUAUGUGGGGGAUUGUGGUCGCAACUAUCUCAGUCAUCUCCAACCAAUUGUUCGCAAUGCCACCGUUCCUCUGGGGUCCCGCUGAACUGGGUAAUUGGGCAUGCACGAGUCUAGUCGGUGUAGCCAUUGCUUUUCCCAUUGCUGGGCCCUUGACCGAUACCGUCUCCUCAUUCAUCGGCCGCCGAAAGGGCAAACAUAUGCCCGAAUACCGACUUGUCACUCUGGUGGUCCCAUUCGUGUUCUCCUCAUCAGGCCUGUUGAUGUUUGGGUAUACAUACACAAAGGGAUCUUACGUCGGACCAGCAGUGGGUUAUGCAAUGCAAGCUGCCAGCCUCAUGCUCAUUCCCACUUCUGUUCUAUCCUACGGUAUCGAUAGUUACCCUUACGACGCGGCCGAGGUCACGGCUCUGAUGAACGCUGUCACACAUAUCAUCCCCUUUGGACUGACAAAGACGGCUUCAAAUUGGCUUGCGAGGGUCGGCGUGGAAAAGAUGUUUCUACAGAUGGCGAUCAUCCAGUGGGCUUUGCUAGCUGGUUUUACCAUAGUGCUGCUUGUAUUCGGACCAUGGAUUCGGGCCAAGGCCGCUUAUGUUCACCAGCAUUAUGGCGCUAAGAGAUUUCUGUAG